CGYGUUGGGGAGUUUUUAACCUCACUUUUGUUGUCUUUUGGCUGCAGGUGGCAAUCAAAAUCAUCGACAAAUCUCAGCUGGAUGCUGUGAACCUGGAGAAGAUCUACAGGGAGGUGCAGAUAAUGAAGAUGCUCGACCACCCACACAUCAUAAAACUCUACCAGGAUUUUCUCCUGGAUUUGUCACACAAAGUUUUCUUCUGGUUGAUACCAGACCGUAACUGGUCCCAAAACAGCAACAGAGACACCCAACAUCCAAAUAUUUUCACUGGGACACCCCACAAAACGAUUUGGGAUGGAACCAGCGUGGAUUUUCACAUCUUUAUGGUGCAGUGGGAGUUUGGGGUGACUUUUCCUUUAUUUUUUUUUAUUUUUUUUCCCACAGAUUUUGGCUUUGGGAAUUUCUAUAAGAGCGGGGARCCUCUGACAACGUGGUGUGGGAGUCCCCCCUACGCAGCCCCGGAGGUGUUUGAAGGGCAGCAGUACGAGGGACCCCAGCUGGAUAUUUGGAGCAUGGGGGUGGUGCUGUACGUGUUGGUGUGUGGGGCACUGCCCUUUGAUGGUCCCACUCUGCCCAUCCUGAGACAGAGAGUGCUCGAGGGACGCUUCAGGAUCCCCUAUUUCAUGUCAGAAGAGUGUGAGCACCUGAUCAGGAGGAUGCUGGUCCUGGACCCGUCCAAACGUUUGAGCAUCGCUCAGAUCAAGGAGCACAAGUGGAUGUUGGUGGAGGUUCCUGCCCAGAGACCCCUCCUGUACCCCCCAGGGGAUGAGAAYGAGAAUGAGCCUGCCCUGGGAGAGUACAACGAGCAGGUGCUGAGGCUGAUGCACAGCCUGGGCAUCGACCAGCAGAAAACUCUGGAGUCCCUGCAGAACAAGAGCUACAAYCACUUCGCUGCCAUCUAUUACCUGCUGGUGGAGAGGCUGAAAUCGCACCGCAGCAGCUUCCCCGUGGAGCAGCGCGUGGACGCGCGCCAGCGCCGGCCCAGCACCAUCGCCGAGCAGAGCGUGGCCAAGGCUCAAGCUGUGGUGCCCUCGGUGAACCUGCACUCCCAAAACCCGAGGCUGCUGCAGUCUCCAGGUCUUCCCUCAGCCUCGGGAGCAGAAUCCUUUUCCUUCCCUGCCUCCAGGGAGGCGGCGUUUAUGGAGGAGGAAAGAGUUGAGACACCAAAGGUGAACGGCUGCCUGCUGGACCCCGUGCCUCCCGUGGUGAUGAGGAAGGGAUGCCAAUCGCUGCCCUCCAGCAUGAUGGAAACCUCCAUCGAUGAAGGAAUUGAGACKGAAGGAGAGGCAGAGGAGGAUCCAGCCCAAGCCUUCGCUGCCCUGCAGGCGGCUCGGGGUGGGAAGAGGCGGCACACCCUGGCAGAGGUCACCAACCAGCUGGUGAUGGUGCCAGGCCCAGGAAAAGUCUAUUCCYUGGACGAGAACUCAUCCCUGGGCAGCAUCGACUCCGAGUACGACAUGGGCUCCAUGCAGAGGGAUCUGAAGCUGCUGGGAGAGGCUCCUUCCCUGAAGGAGAUGGUGCUGAGCAGCCAGCAGAGCCCGCGGGUGGCGGCGCCGCUGCUGGGGCUGCGUCCGGCCAACCCCGCCAUGCAGGCGCUGGGCUGCCACAARCGGGAGGCGCACAACCGCUCCCCGGUCAGCUUCCGAGAGGGGCGGCGCGCCUCCGACACCUCCCUGACACAAGGUACCACCCCUGCUGCUGCCAGAUGGGGAGAGGGAUUGAGAGAUGUUAUCGGUGUUGAUAGGCUGGACCAUAAAUGGCUCCCCGUUGUUUCAGAUGGAACAGGAGCACAGCAACAAAAGUCUGGCAGGGGGAAUCCUUUAAGAAAAGGGUUAGGAAAGCCUUUUGUGGAGGUGCAGCUGGUUCCUUUUCCCAUGCAGGAGGAAGGCUCUCAGCAGCAGCAGCAGCAGCAGCAGCAGCAGCAGCAGCAGGAGGCUCCGUCCGCCUUCCCCAGCGCCGCACAUCCCCCGGUGUUACCCCGACGGCAGAGUUUGGAGAGCCAGUACCUGAAACACCGGCUCCAGAAGCCCACCCUGCUCUCAAAAGCUCAGAAYACUUGCCAGCUCUACUGCAAAGAACUGCCCCGGAGUUUGGAGCAGCAGCUCCAGGAGCACAGGCUGCACCAGAAGAGGCUCUUCYUGCAGAAGCAAUCCCAGCUUCAGGCUUAUUUCAACCAGAUGCAGAUAGCCGAGAGCUCGUACCCCCGUGGCAGCCAGCUGCCCCUGCCGUGCCCGGAGGAGCCACAACCCCAGCAGCCCCAGCAGCAGGAACAACCAUCCCAAUUCAGCCUGAGCCCCGUCCUGGAGCCYUCCUCGGAGCAAAUGCAGCUGGAACCAUUCCUCAGCCAGUUCCCCAAGGUGCCCAGCUCAUCCCAGGCUCAGCCCAGGCCACUCCAGUUCCAAUUCCAGACUCGAGAGGUGCCCGCGGCGCCCGCGGCCGAGCCGUGCCCGUUCUCGCUGGACACAACACCCCAGAGUGGCGUGGCRCUGACCACCGAGAGUCCAGCCAGCUCUGCUGCACCCACAGAACCCAGCUACGACCCCCUGGCACUGUCAGAACUGCCCGGACUCUUCGAUUGUGAGAUGAUGGAGGCUGUGGAUCCCCAGCACGGAGGGUACGUCCUGGUUAAUUAGCGCCCAGGAGGACGAAUGGAGCAGCAUGUCCGUUUUUUUUUUUGGUUGUUUUUCGUUCCUAUCCCCCCCACCCCGGAAUUCAUGGUAAUUUUUCGAUCCUUGAAUUAAUAGGGGAACUAAAAAUCCACCUGGAUGGAAGAGGAGUAAAAAUAUAGAAAAAAAAAAAAGCAGGAGGUGUUUGGCACCCCGUGGUAGGGGCUGGAGRAUGGGGAGUGCAGCUUCAUCCCACAAGGGCUGCGUAGGAGGAGGCAAAAAAGGUGAAUUUCAGAAGAAGGAAAAGGCCCCUUCAAAAAAAUCGUGGGGAAUUUAUCAGCAUUCAUCCAACAUUCACUUGGAGAGAGGAGAGUGAGUGCACACUUAUCAUCCUUCUUGGCAAUAAAAGCAAUAGUUUUCAUCGAAAUUCAGGGUAGAUUUGGUUCUGCACUGAUGGCAACUGAAAUCCUCUGGGCAGCGAGGUGGAAUCCGAGGGAAGUCGCACCUUGGUUGAGCUCCUGGGCUGGAACCACUCUCAGGCAGCCUCCACUUCCUCCUGCUGGCACCCAAACAGUAUUUCCCAAACCUGCCAAGGAGCUCUUCACUGUCUGCUGCAGGAAUCUGGAGCGAGGGACACCCUGACUUUGUCAAAAGAGACUUGGGACUGAAACCACAGAGGUUUGGAGAGACCUCUGGGUGGGAAUUGGAAUUGUGGAGGAUCAAGGAUGAGCCAACAGAGACUGAAGGUAAGGAGAGCCAUGAGAGAGAGCCAGAGCUGCAGGAAAUGGCAUUAAAAAAAAUAAAAUCCACCUGGGUGGCUUUUAAAAUCACCUCCUUUUGCAGGAGGGCUCAGUCCUGGAGAAGCUCUGCUCGCUGGAAAGGAUCCACCUGUCCCUGGGUUGCAUUUAAAAAGAAAAAAAAACAAAAACAAAAAAAAAACAAAAGCAAACAAAACUGUGUUUUGAAUUUGCAGUAUGUGUUGCUGGUGGUUUUAUUGAGCUUUGUAUAUUUGGACAAUUAUUUAGAGUUUUAGAACUUUAAGGAUUAAAAAAAACAAAACAAACCGAUGAGCUUAUAAAAAAACAAAAAAAAAAAAAAAACCACCCCUGUGAAGUGAUAGUGCUGUGCCUUUUUCAGUUCUUUAUCAGCCUCUACGCUUUUUUCUGAAGGAAGUAGACAAUACCCCAUUUAUGUCCUUGCCGUGGCCAAAGUCCCUUCAGAGCAGCGGUCCCACCGUGUGGGAYGUGUUGAGCUCGGUGCCAGCAGGGCACUGGAGGUAUCACAGCAAUAUCCAGCAUUCCCAGGGAUGCUCCACAACUCCUCCAAUUGUGGGAUCCCAGUCAUAGGAAAGGGGUGGGAGCUGAGAGCUGCACUUUGGGGUUGUCUCUGACCUUGAGGUGUCGUGGGACAAGGCAGGACAGGGGUYGGGUCAGCCUUUCCUGAGCAAACAUCAAUUAAUGAGCACAACCUCAUUAAAGCACAAAGAACGAGGGACUGUGCUGAUCAGAGCUUGCUCUGGGGUACUGGAGGGUGGGCAAUCAGCCUYUACAGCAAUAAGAGCCACAAAAAAACAGAACAGGAGGGGUUAACAGGGGACAGAAGGUGCCUGGUCCUGCUCUGCUCRGCCAGGGACAAUUCCUGCUCUCCAGAGCUGGGUCUAACACUGCUCUGGCUCAGCCCCAAAGUGUUCAGCUCUACCUCUGAUCCCACGGGAUUCCCAAGGCAGCAGCAGCCAAGGAGAGUUUAAAGGACAGGGAUCCAUCCACACAGAGAGGGACAGAGAGCUCUGCUCUCAAGAAAAGGAUUUUGGGGUGGUUUCACUCCAAAAGGAAAUGUGUCUGACACAGUGGAACACACAGACCCUGUGAGGCACCUGAGGGCAUGGACAGAGGGGAGGGAAAGAGAACAAGAACUCCAGCAGGACAGAGCAGGAAAAGAGAGGAAACAAGAGUCCUGUCCUCCAAACCCCACAGCAUAACCCCCACGCUCUGGAAUGUGAAUAUCUGCCCAGACACUGAUGGAACUGUGCAGGGAAAGCUGCUGCCAGGACACCCAGAGCUCUGGAGACAGCCCCAGCGCUGGCUGCCUGCCAGAACCAUAACCACUUCCUUCCCCAUCCAGCUCCAGGAUCCUGCACGCUUCAGGACUCAAAAGAUAAAAAUAAUUCUGUCCUGGAGCUGUGCAAUUCAUUUAUCAGGAUGUGCCAAGCAGGCUGAGCUCCUCUGAGCCGGGCAGUGCUGGGCAGGGGGAAGCUGCAGUAUUUUUUAAUGUAGUUUAGACUGACUCUUCCCCCCCUCAGCCAAAASCAUAUUUAACAUUUCAUGGAAUUUCCUUUAAGCCAAUUAGGACUACAAGGCUGCUGAAGCCUUUUCAAGCAGACAGGAUCCAUCGGGCACCACUUUUGAAGUGGUUUUUUUUUUUGUUCCAACCUGCUCUGUUGCACCCUUAGAGAACUGUGUACACUACUGGUAGAGUCAUUAUUAGCUUUAUUAUCUUGUACUACAGCCUCCUUUGGAGAGACUUUGGUGUGAUGUAUAUGGGGUACCGAUUUCAUACGGAGAAAAGUGCAAUAUGUGUGUGUGUGGUAUGUUCUUUAAUGUAUUUUUUUAAAGGAUUUAGAGGGUUUAGUCUCGGCUUUGGGAUAAAUGCACUAGUUUUGUGAGCUCCRGUUGGGCAAGUUCAUCCGUAGUAUUUACACGCGACUGAUCUGGGCUCUGUGAAGCAGUUACAGUGUAUUAAUACGAAAUAAAGAAUAUGUGCAUUUCAUUUUUUAAAUUUCUAGUGAGCCCRAAGCAG